AUGGAAGCUUGGCAAUCAGUUCUCGUGUCGCUUGCGAUAGUCUGCAUCAUCAUCGCUAGCAGCUACGUCGCAUAUGAACAGGGCAUGUUCGACCCGCUCAUUGAGAAGCUGGGUGUCAUGGUGUUCAAAGCCAAAGCUGAAGCCGAGGCGCAGAAGUACCGGGCCCAGGGCGAGGAUUUUGCAGGAUCCCAGCUUAAAGGCAACAAGCAAGCUCAAGACGUCGUUUCGGGCAUUGGUUCGAUUGGAGGCUUGAAGAAGGAGCUGUGA